AUGAAUACAAUCAUUGCCAACUCGGCGGAAAAAGCACUUGGUGAUAGGCCCACCGCUACCACCCGUGACUACACGACUCGUCAGAAUGAAACCAUGCUGGCAUUACGCUGGUACGGGGAUAAGGAUGUUCGCGUUGAAGAAGUCCCUGCACCCACUUUAACUGAGCCUACCGAUGUCAUCGUCAGAGUCACCGGGACCACAGUUUGUGGCAGUGAUCUGCAUCUGUAUCACAAAGAGAUCAUGCAACUGCAAAAGGGUGAGAUCUUGGGCCAUGAGUUCAUGGGCAUCGCCGAUGAAGUCGGGUCUGAAGUCAAAUCUAUCAAGCAAGGCGAUAGAGUCGUUGCCAGUUUCCAAAUUGCUUGUGGCACGUGUCAAUUCUGUAAGGAGGGCCUUACUAGUAUGUGCGAUCGGACAAACUCGUCUGCCUUACAAGAAAAGCUCUACGGUAAACCUUUUGCCGGGUUGUUUGGCUACUCUCACUUUGCUGGCGGUUUCGCUGGCGGCCAAGCCGAGUUUGUCAGAGUACCGUUCGGCAGCGUCAAUCUUCUCAAGAUUCCGGAUCAUGUCCCCAACGAGAAGGCGUUGUAUUUGAGUGACAUUGUCCCAACCUCGUACCACGCCACUGUUUGCGCCGACGUCGAAAAGGGCAAGAGCGUCGCCAUCUGGGGACUUGGCCCAGUUGGUAUGCUGGCUUGCAAGUGGAGCAAGCUCGCUGGGGCGAAGCGCGUGAUUGCCAUCGACCAAAUACCAGAACGCCUCGCUCUCGCUCAAGACAUAGGCUGCGAUACCAUCGACUUCUCAAAGCAAAAGGACGUCGUUGGUGAAAUCUACAAGCUCGAACCCCUAGGCGUGGACUGCUGUAUUGAUGCCGCGGCCUUCAGAUACACGAAAACACUGCGGCAGAGCGCUGAGCGCCUUAUCGGCCUGGAGACAGACAGCAGCGAGAUUCCCAACGAGACCCUUCGUGCAGUGCGCAAAUUUGGGACUGUCGCGGUCGUGGCAGAUUACGCCGCAAUGACGAACCAUUUCCUCAUUGGAGCUUUGAUGGAAAAGGGUAUCACGUACCGCGGCUGCGGCCAAGCUCCUGUACAAAAAUAUUGGCAUCAGCUGCUGGAGAAAAUCGAGAGUGGUGAAUUCGACCCCACUGUUGUUCUAACCCAUCGAUUUGCGAUUGAGGAAUUCAGUGAGUUGUACAAGGCUUUCGAUGAGAAAAAGCAUGGGAUUAUGAAAACCUAUGUGCAGACUAGGUUCUCUCCACCACCAACGGCAGGGACUCCACCACUGAGCACGCUUAGACAGGGCGAUCUGAAACCAGUACCCACAGGUUGA